AGUGCAUAAAGUUUGUGCUUCUCUUUGUUAUUUUUUGUUUACACUGUACGUUAUUAAAUUUUAUGUUUUUUUUUAGUAUUUAAAUAAUCAAUAGCCAUGGAUCCAUGUGAAAUAGAGUUUAUUGGUGAAAAUCGUAUAAUUAGCAUCAUACCAAACUUCACAUACGACAAAAUCUAUUUGAUUUGCGGUGAAUUCGGGCCUUUUCGUGCCGGUCUGCCGUUGAACGUGCCGCUAUGGUUGGCUAUGAUGUUAAAACAGAAGCAGAAGUGUCGAAUUGUGCCGCCAGACUGGAUGGAUAUCGAUGUUCUAGAAAAUAUCAAAGAAGAAGAGAAACGGUCUAGGUUCUUCACUAAGAUGCCAAAUGAACACUACAUGGUGGAAGCCAAGUUGAUUCUAGGGGCAGCAGCAGAGGAUGUUCCAAACUCCUCCGAGAUCAAAACAAUCAUUAAAGACAUCUGGGAUAUAAGGAUGUCUAAGCUUAGGACAUCAAUGGAUGCACUAAUGAAAUCUGGAGGUGGAUAUGGUAGACUGGAUCAUCUAACAAUGAUGGAAAUCAACUCUGUGAAGCCUCUAUUACCUGCUGCUAUGGACAAUCUGCUCAGGAUACAAAUGAAAACCAAAAAGACUGCGCCAACUUCAAGCCUCAACACAUCAUCAUUCAGUCAGUCUGGCACAUCACAACACACAUGACUGCUAAUUUUAAUGUUCAAGUCUAUAUUUUAAGGGAAAUAUAUAAUUUAUUUUUAU